UGGGCAGCUGCUGGCUGGUGGAACUGGGGUCCCUGGGCACAGCCACGGGACGUGCUCCAGUCCUCCACACAAGGUCCCAGCAAGAUGAUGUGGGGGUCUGACCCUGCUUUGGGAUUUCAGGCCCCCGGGUAGCCCCGACACAGAACUUCCGGCAGCUCAGCCCUUUGCCGGCCCCGCUUGGGAAGGGCAGCGUUGGUGGCUGCAGGUCGCGGCGCUGUGUCAGCGGCACCAUCGGGAGGUCAGCGUGCCGGGGCAGUGCGUCUGUGUCCGGCUUGCACCAGCGUGGGGGUGUUGAGGGCCCCCCAAAAUGCCUGCUCCAGUGCAAGAGGGCUUUCCCUGGGAGCCGCAGGCAGGGCAGCACCGAACCAUCACAUGCCAAACCACCUUUGGGGUGCAGGUAGGUUUUAUUUUUCCCAAAAACUAUCAAGAAAAGUCUCCCCCCUUUUUUUCUGCCUUCCCUCCCUGCCCCAAAUUACAGCCCUGAAUAGGGGAACCUGGAGGUACUGAGCUGCACCCCUCAGGGCAAAACCCCCUUGAGUGGGUUUGCUGCUUCUCAGUAUCUGCAGACCCCCCCUCAGCGCUGAGACAGAUGGGCCACGGCUCUCGCUGGUGCUGAAAGAGUUAAUGCUCCCAAAAUGCCAUGAAACGUUCCUGCUGCAGGUCAGUCUCCACCAGGGAUUAGGGAAAUCUGGCCCGGGAGCCAGGGCCGGCUCCUGCCAGCUCAGGGCCGGCUGCGGGACGUGCUCGGGAAGGCAGCGGCGGGAUUGAAGCCCAGGCACAGUGCGCCGGAGCAGCCCUGCCAGGGUCUGGCACGGCCAGGCGCUGCCUUCCUACUUAGUUUAAAAAGACCAGCCAUAAAUCAGUGGUGAGGGAGGGCUGGAAGCUGCUGCCGGGCCGGGUGAGCCCCUCCACGGGGUCUGGGUGGGCACCCAUCCUGCCACGCUGCUGUGGCGGGCAGCGAUGCACACUGCUCACGGGAUGCUGGCUGGAGAGGAGGGAUGAGCAGGGGGGACCCGUGUGGGGGCUGGCACCCGCUCCGGGGUGCAGGGCUGCCUGUGCCCAGCGGGUGCCCAGAGGCUCCCAGGGCAGCCCCACAGCGGGGGCUCCGCGUGUCUCCCCGCCGGCAGCCCUGCCCGAGUGGACAACAGGCUCUGGCUGUUUUCUCAUCCUGCAGGAAUUCAGCACCGUGGGCUGGGCAGUUGGUUGGGGUUUUUUUGUGCCCCCCUCCUUUCACUCUCCCUCUUUGGAGACUUUCCGCAUUCUGCCUUUGAUCUCCCCCUAUGUUUGCCCAGCCGAUCGCUGGGCUCGCCGGGGUUAGAGGCUGAGGUCAGCGCCUUUCCCAUUCCAAACACCCAGAAACAUCAGUGGGAAGGGAGGGGAUUCAGAUUACAACCUUCCCGUCCUCCCCUUCCACCCCACUCGCCCCGCUCGCCAGAGCAGGGGAUGGACUGAGCCACACUCACCGAGGGACACCGCUGCCACCCUGUCCCCAGCACCCGGAGAGUCAGGUAGCAGCGAUGGAUGGAGGUGGCGGGCAGCAUCGCUGGCGGUCCAGCAGACACGGGAUGUGCUGAAGGCCAGAGCCCUCGCCAGCGAGCCAGGCCAGCAGCGUGGGGUUGCCAGAUGCCUCCUCGUGGGAAUUUCGGCCGCCCUGGCCGAGGCCAGCACGCCGGCGGGCGGCAGCAUGUCCCCGUGGGCAUCGCCCUGCUCCUGCCGUUGCUGGCGGUGGCGGCCGGGCUGAGCCUGCAGCCGGGCAGGAUGCGGCACCUGGGGGUCUGCCCCAACCAGCUGAACCCCAACCUGUGGGUGGAUGCACAGAGCACCUGUGAGCGGGAGUGCCAGGCUGACCAGGACUGUGAAGGCUUUGAGAAAUGCUGCACCAAUGUGUGCGGGCUGCGGAGCUGCGUGGCUGCCCGCUUUGCUGAUGGCAGCCUGCCGGAGCUGGCGCUGGCACCGGCAGCUUCGUGUGAGAGCUUCGUGUGCGCGCAGCAGGGCUCUGACUGCGACAUCUGGGACGGGCAACCUGUCUGCAAGUGCAAGGACCGCUGCGAGAAGGAGCCCAACUUCACCUGCGCCUCCGACGGCCUCACCUACUACAACAAGUGCUACAUGGACGCUGAGGCAUGCCUGCGCGGCACCCGCCUCACCACCGUCCCCUGCAAGCACAUCUUCACCUGGCCCGACACCAGCCCCGUGCCCCAGGAGACGACGGCGCGUCCCACACCGGGAGCCGGCCCCGAGGUGCCAGUGCCCCCCGCCCUCUACAGCAACCCCUUCCACCAGUCGGUACGUGCCGGUGGCACCGUCAGCUUUCGCUGCGACGUCAGCGGGCGCCCGCGGCCCGACAUCACCUGGGAGAAGCAGAGUGAGCGGGAGGAGAACUUCAUCAUGCGGCCAGACCAGAUGUACGGCAACGUGGUGGUCACCAACAUCGGCCAGCUGGUCAUCUACAACGCCCGCCACGAGGAUGCCGGAAUUUACACCUGCACAGCUAGGAACUCCGCCGGGCUGCUCCGUGCCGACUUCCCGCUGUCGGUGCUCAGGCGGGAGCCGGGGGGCACCCCGCGGGCCGGCAGCCCCCAGCCCUUCCCUAGCGCCGAGUGCCUGAAGGAGCCGGACCGGCGGCGGUGCGAGGCCCUGGAGGUGCGCUGGCACUUCGAUGCCAAACAGGGCGCUUGCCUCACCUUCCGCUACGGGGGCUGUGGGGCCAACAGGAACCAUUUUGAGACCUACGAGGAGUGCCGGGCUGCCUGCUUGGGCAGUGCCCGUCCCACCUGCCUGCUGCCCAUGGUGCAGGGUCCCUGCCAGAACUGGGAGCCCCGCUGGGCAUACAACCACCUGCUGAAGCAGUGCCACUCCUUUGUCUACGGCGGCUGUGAGGGCAACACCAACAACUUUGAGAGCAAGGAGACCUGUGAGGAUGUCUGUCCCUUCCCCAAGAGCCUGCAGUGCAAGGCUUGCCGCCUGAAGAGCAAGAUGGUGCUGAGCCUCUGCCGCAGCGACUUUGCCAUUGUGGGCCGGCUGAUGGAGAUUGUGGAGGACCAGGACUCUGGCAUCGCCCGCUUUGCCCUUGAGGAUGUCCUUAAGGAUGAGAAGAUGGGCCUCAAGUUCUUCAACAUCAAGUACCUGGAGGUGACCUUGACCAACAUGGACUGGAGCUGCCCCUGCCCCAACAUGACAGCGGAGGACGGGCCGCUCAUCAUCAUGGGCGAGGUGCACGACGGCAUGGCCACGCUGGACCCCAACAGCUACGUCCGGGCAGCCAAUGACAAGCGGGUGAAGAAGAUUUAUGAGCUGAUGGAGAAGAAAACCUGUGACCUCCUGAACCGCUUCCAGGACUAGAAGAGAGCCAGAACAUGCUGAUGUGGGGGGCACAGACCUACCAUGGAGGGAGGGAGCUGCAACCGGAGGGAACCCCACACCAAUGCUUGUAUGUAGGGAUUACCACUGCCAUGUAGUUCCCCCCAAACCCAUGCUGAGCCCCAGCCCAGCUCCUACCACCCCUGUAAUUUAUCAGCUGCAUGCCCCCCCAUGUACUUCCCCAGCCAGCAGCAAUAAAGGACUGGGUCAGGUUGCAGAGGGGUGGGAGGUCUGCCAGGACACCCCUAACCACCCCCCCUGCAAAAAACCCCUUCCCACCACACGAAAGCCCCCAGACCCAGUGUAGCACCCCCCAGGCAAUGCCAGUGAAGGAUCUGUCCCCCUCCACUGGUGCUGCCAGGGCUGGAAAUGGGGAUGCAUCCCCCCCAUUGUCAUUGCUGAAAGCAUCAGGAAGCUGCUGGGGGCUGGGUGGAAGGAUGACGAGUCCCCUCCACUGUUGGCAUGGUGUUCUCCCGGCAAACUGGUGCUGAGCAAGAAGUCUUCUUCAUGCCCAGGGGUUCUUUGCUCUCCUGCCUGUGCCCCCUGUGGCAGCUGCAGAGGCUUCUCUAGGAGAGGCUGGGGUGCCCCUCUGAAGGGGUGGGGGGAGACAGAGCCCCCAGCCCACCAGACACGCCUGGCUGGAGCGAAUGGAGAACUGUCCCACCGCUGCCGACCCCAUCCGCAGCUGGUACCAGCACAGGGAGUGUGUGACCCCGUGAGGAGGUGUCAAUGAGCCGGGGCAGCCGUGCCGGAAAGGUGCCAGGAGAUGACAGGAGGUGCUGGGAGGUGCCAUUGGGGCAGGUCACUGCUUGCGGAAGAUGAGACACUUGUUGUUGGCUGGCAUGUCCACCUGAAAGCACAGAGCCUGGGGUCAGGGUGGGUCCCCACCAGUGCAGCGACUGUCCCCCUCUGUUGAGCCCAGCACCUACCAUCCUCUCCAGGAGCAGCCCAUUGGCCUCGGCCAGCCGCUGCAGCAAUGCCGUGUCCCGAAGACCCCAGGCAGGAUUCCUGCAUGGAGGGAGCCUUGGGUCAGACAGACAGACAGAUGCCUUGCCCCCACACUCUCUGAAGCAUCCCCAUCACCAGAGGGUACCCACAGUUGGUGGGGGUGCUUCCCCCAACCAUCAUUUUAGAUCUCCUCUUGAAGGACCAUGCAGGGAGGGAGCUCCCUGGGGCUACGGGCAGGACAGGCAGCAUGGGCAGGACAGACCCCCAGCAGCCUCAGGACCCACAGCUCUCCCUUCCUACCUCUGCCUCAGGCUGCGGUCAAAGUCCACGUUGCUCUGGGGGCUGAUCUGGCCGUCCACGGCAUAGGGCUAGGGGGGACAUAAAACUGCAGACCUGAACCAUUGUGUGCCCCCGACUUCCCCACAGCCCACAGGUUGCUGUCCCCACCACACACAGAGCCAAGUGAGAAGGGACAUGGCCCCUGAGAGUGACCACAGGUCUCAUCACCCCCCACGGGCCCCUUGGACCCUGCCCUGGAUGAGGCGAGGGAGGACAGGUUCCCUCCUGUCCUAGGAGCGUGUGGCCGAAACAGCCCCAUCCAAGGCUCAGCACCUGCCCUGAAAGCCUGAGACCCCCACUAAAACUGAGGCCCCUGCUUUCCUCAUCCACCCCACAAGCCGUGCCUGGAGCUGCCCUCCCACCUGCAAUCCCCCAGCAAGCCCAGGAAUACCCAUGCCCAGUGAGCAACACCCACCCCGUAGGUGAAGAGCACACCUCCGGGCUUCAGCAGCACCCCAGCACCCUUGAACAGGCCCUGGGGAAAGAGAGAAGUAGGGAACAGGUCAGGGUACUGAGGACACCCCCCAAGAGCCCCCUCCUUGGGUUUGCAACCACCAAACCAGGGGACAGGGACCAAGCAAGGGCCAGCGUGGCUCCAGCCCUGUCCUGCUCACCUCGGUGCACCGCAGCUCCGAGAUGUGCAUCAUGUUGAUGCUGAUGAGGAGGUCGAGGGUGCUGGGUUGGGUGCCUCCCCACAUCUCCCAGCUUUGUGAGACAUCCAGCAGGAUGGGGGGCAGCAUGUUGGGGACGUGCAUGGCCUCUGCAUACGCAGCGAUGCUGUGGACACCAAACCUCACAUCAACCCCAGCUGGGGCAUCGCGUGUGUCCACCACUCGCACAUCCCCCCCCAGCAGCACUCAUUGCAGGCAAACCCGAAACCAGCCUGUGCUGGCUGCCAGCAGCAUCUCCUAGGUGGGCUCUCUGAUAUCUAAUAAUAAGGUUGUGCUUGCAACACAGCUGGGGCAAGAGUGGCUCUGCACAGGACAAGGGGCUGGUAUGGCUGAGCUCUUUGCUUCACAACAGGCAGCUGGGGAACUGGCAGCAGCCGGAUAGCCAGCAGCACACAGACCAAGAGACCCCAGUGCCUAAAAUUUCCAAAUUCACUCCUGCCUCUCAGCAGGGCAGCCGGAGCACGCUGCCCUCCCAGCUGCCUGCACACACGUGCUGACGCUGCCCGCGCGCUGCCUGCACCCACAUGCCCGUGCUGCCCGCAUGCUGCCUGCAGCACCCCCAACACCCACGUGCCCUGGCUGCCUGCACGCCACGCAGCGGGGCUGCCUGCAGUGCUGCCUGCACCCGCCAGGACAACUGCACCACUACCGGGUGAUUUUGGGGUGAUUUACACCCUUUUUGGCACAGUUACCAGCCAGAUCUCAGUUCCCAAGGCAGUAGACUGGGAUUAUUUUUAACCAGGGCAGCGGGUGCCACGUGUUGCUGCCUGAGAGGUGAUGGGUGGGAAGGACAUCAGCUGCUCCCUCCUUGGACAGGGGGGAAUUUUGGCACCUCCCCACCAGGUUUAUUUUAUUAUAUUUUUUUUCAUGAGGGAAUUCCUCCCUGUGCUGCAGAGCUGAGGUUUAUUUUUGUUUCCUGAAUGGAAACCGAGCCCUUCCAGCCCGGCGCUGCAAUGCCUGGAAUGGGCAUUUGGCUGUGGCUGGACCCACACACAUCAGCACAGAGCAAAUAAAUACAGCCUGACAUGGCUCACCAGGGUGACACCGUGCCGGGAGUGGGGUGUGAGCCAUCCACCGCAUGGGUGGGAGCUAUCACCAGCAUCCCCUGAGCGGGGUAUCAGGCCUGGUGUCACCACGGAGCAUUGCAGCCGAAACUGCUAACAGGAGGGGGCGAACGCUCCACGCUGGGUGCUCUGUAGGCAGGAAUUGCUCUGUAGCUGGGGAGGCUGUUAGGGAGUUGGAUGGUGGGGCUUUUCCGGGAAAAAUAAAGUACUGGGCUGUUUAGGAGUUGGAUACUGGCGCUUUUCUGGAAAAAAUAAAGCAUCAAGCAGGAGAA